GUCUGUCCGUAUGCAUCGUCCAAGCAAAAUCAGGAGGAAAGGUAUAGAGCUGCACUGAAAUCCAUCAAGUGUGGUGAAUUGUCUCGUUCCGCAAGAAUCCUUAGGGGCCGUCCGUAGUUACCGAAUGAUUUUAAAAUCCGAACAACGUUCGAAAGUGGGUGGGUGGGUCAGAAGGCUGUUCGAAUUAGAAAUCAUUUGAUCACUGCGCAUGCGCAGAUUUCUUUAUUGUCCAGUGGUGAUGAAAAAGCAGCUGACUCUCUUUGGUGUACGGAAGAGGAAGAGAGAGCCUUUCUUCCAACGCAGUGCAGAUGACAGUGAUUACACACGAGUGAUCGAAACUCUGUGGCAGCAAGAUGCUGGACAGCGCACUCGCAAGGACUUCUUCAAGUGGGCGCAAGGCCAAUGGCGUGACAAGUACUCGAAGGACAGGAAGGCAAGAGAUGAUGUGAUAGCCAAGAGCGUUGGAGUCCAACAGGGAAUGGACAAUGCGGACGAGAAGGCGGCGACGACUGGUUACUUCCGGCGAUUGGAUGAACCGGAACCGAAGCGUUCACACCUAUGUUGUCAUGGCCGUCAUGACCAGGUUAGUAUGGUCGCUUCGGUAUCCACAGAUGGCGACGACAUAGAGGUAGCUAGUGGAGGGCCCGAAGCAGAGUUCUUGAAUGCUAUUGGGAUUGACUCCUCUCAAUUGCUGACGGAAGAUGUUGUAGGCAGAUCAGAUUUUAUGGGCGUGUUACGUCAGUGCGCGCGACAGUGGCUGGCUUGAUUAUGGUUUGCCGUCUCUUCUAGGAAAGGUCAACCAUGUCUGUGAACUUUGCAAUCGGUAUGUUUUCCAAUCUGAGGCAGAUAGGACACGCCACUUGCAAAGGAUUCAUAACCGUUCAAAGAGAAAAGAGGCUGUCCAGGCACACACAGAACAACAGGCUGCACCUAAACCCUCUCACAAUUGUACAUACACUGGCUGUGGCCACAUAUUCAGCACCCAGUACCAACUACAACGCCACAAACAAGAGACAGGGCACAAGUGCAGGGCUGGAAGAAAGAAGAAGGGAACAUGCUGACUCUAUAGUCUAUUAAACUGUUUAGUAGAGUACACGAUGUGAUUUUGUUCGAUAAAUAGAAGUGGGUACAGCGUAUAAUAGCUGCGAGGAGAAAUUGUUUCAUGACUAUGGACAGCUGUUAGGAUUAGGUAGGUGGGUGGGUGGGUAAGAAGAAAUUCUAACGUUGUUCGGAUUUUAAAAUCAUUCGGUAACUACGGA